AUGACUGAUUUCAAGAAGACGGCUAUCUUGUCUGUUUACGAUAAGACCGGUCUAUUGGACCUGGCAAAAGGUUUAUCCGAGAAGAAUGUUCGUAUUCUAGCAUCUGGUGGUACCGCACGUAUGGUUCGUGAAGCUGGUUUCCCAGUCGAUGAUGUUUCUUCUAUUACACAUGCUCCUGAAAUGUUGGGUGGUAGAGUUAAGACUUUACACCCAGCUGUUCACGGUGGUAUUUUGGCAAGAAACCUGGAAAGCGAUGAAGAAGAUUUGAAGAAACAAGGCAUUGACAAAGUUGAUUAUGUUGUUUGUAACUUGUACCCUUUCAAGGAGACUGUUGCCAAAGUUGGUGUUACUGUUGCUGAAGCUGUCGAGGAAAUUGACAUCGGCGGUGUUACUCUAUUGAGAGCUGCUGCAAAGAACCACGCAAGAGUUACUAUCUUGUCUGAUCCAAACGAUUACUCUACUUUCUUGUCUGAAUUGACCGCAGACGGCGAAGUUUCCCAGGAAUUGAGAAACAACUUGGCUUUGAAAGCUUUUGAACACACAGCUGAUUAUGAUGCUGCUAUUUCUGAUUUCUUCAGAAAGCAGUACUCUGAAGGUAAGGCUCAAUUGCCAUUGCGUUAUGGUGCUAACCCACAUCAAAAACCAGCUCAGGCUUUUGUCACUCAACAAAAUGAACUACCUUUCAAGGUGCUUUCCGGUUCCCCAGGUUACAUCAACUUGUUGGAUGCUUUGAACUCCUGGCCAUUGGUUAAGGAACUAUCUGCUUCCUUGAACUUGCCUGCAGCUGCUUCUUUCAAACACGUUUCACCAGCUGGUGCAGCUGUUGGUGUCCCAUUGACUGAUGUCGAAAAGCAAGUUUACUUUGUCUCUGAUAUUGAAAACUUGUCUCCAUUGGCGGCUGCUUAUGCUAGAGCUCGUGGUGCUGAUAGAAUGUCUUCUUUCGGUGACUGGAUCGCUUUGUCUAACAUUGUUGAUAUUCCAACCGCUAAGAUUAUCUCCAGAGAAGUCUCCGAUGGUAUCAUCGCUCCAGGUUUUGAACCAGAAGCUUUGGAAAUCUUGAAGAAGAAGAAGGGUGGUAAGUACUGUGUCUUGCAAAUUGAUCCAAACUACAUCCCAGAGUCUAUGGAAACCAGACAAGUUUACGGUGUUAGCUUACAACAAAAGAGAAACGAUGCUAUCAUCAACCAGUCUUCUUUCCGCGAAAUCGUCUCUGAGAACAAGAGCUUGACUGAGCAAGCCGUUGUCGACCUAACUGUCGCUACUAUUGCUCUGAAAUACACUCAAUCAAACUCCGUUUGUUACGCAAAGAGUGGUAUGGUCAUUGGUCUAGGUGCUGGCCAACAAUCCAGAAUCCACUGUACAAGAUUGGCCGGUGAUAAGGCUGACAACUGGUGGUUUAGACAACACCCUAGAGUUCUAGGUAUCAAAUGGGCCAAGGGUGUCAAGAGACCAGAAAAAUCUAACGCCAUCGAUUUGUUGGUCACUGGUCAAAUACCAACCGAGGAACCAGAAAAGAGCGAAUACGAGUCUAAGUUUGAAGAGAUUCCAGCUCCAUUCACCGAACAGGAGAGAAAGGAGUGGUCCUCGAAGUUGACUAAUGUCUCCUUGUCAUCUGACGCUUUCUUUCCAUUCCCAGACAACGUUUACAGAGCCGUCAGAUCCGGUGUCAAGUAUAUCGCUGCUCCAUCUGGUUCCGUCAUGGAUAAAGCUGUCUUUGGUGCCGCUGAUUCAUUCGACUUGGUCUACGUCGAAAACCCAAUUCGUCUAUUCCAUCACUGA